AUGUCUGUACAAGCAACUUCCAUCGCCUCAUUUGACACAGUUUAUAGUGCUGAUUCUACCGAGUUUUGUCCUUUUCCAGACCGUGCUCAGUACCUAACCGUAGGCACCUACCAACUGACCGACGAGCAGCAAGAAAAUGUCAGAAUUCGCAAAGGCAAAACCUACCUCUUUGACGUGACAAAGCAGACUCUUGAACCCAAGCAAGUGAUUGAGACACCUGCUGUUCUCGAUAUGAAAUGGAGCCAUGCACUGAUCAAUGACAAGCAAUGCCUGGGCAUUGUGGAUUCCAUUGGCGGAUUUCAUUUAUAUGGAUUUGAUCAAGAGGAUAAUCUGACAGCUGUGGAUCAUAUGCAAGCAACGGACGAUGCCAGUGUGUUGUGUCUUUCGUUGGAUUGGGCAAGCCGCUUAGACAGAUCUGACAAACGAGUAGUUACGUCGCAUUCCAAUGGUGAUAUCAACAUCUUGGCUCCUGAUCAAACUGGUGGAUAUGCUAUUCAGGAUCAAUGGCACGCACAUGAUUUGGAAGCCUGGAUUGCAGCUUUUGAUUAUUGGAAUACCAAUAUUGUGUAUUCAGGAGCUGAUGAUGGUUUGUUCAAAGGAUGGGACACGCGAACACAGACACCUACAUUUACAUACAAGCGCCAUAUGAUGGGCGUCACUACGAUGCAGUCGAAUCCACACAAAGAACAUCAGUUAGCGACAGGCAGUUAUGAUGAGACCAUCUAUUUUUGGGAUACACGAUCCUUGAGGCAGCCAGUCAGUACAUUUCAAACACCAGGUGGAGGCAUUUGGAGAUUGAAAUGGCAUCCUACUCGAUCCAACAGAUUACUGUCUGCUUCUAUGCAUGCUGGAGCAUUUGUAGUAGAUAUUGAUGAUCAGUGUGAAGCCACAUUAGCGACAAGUUUUCUGGAUCAUACUUCAAUGGCGUACGGAGCAGAUUGGUCAUUUUCUGAACCUGAUUUAGUGGCGUCUUGCUCAUUCUACGAUCAUAUCAUGCACCUCUGGAAGGCAUCAGAAUAA